AUGACCAGCAUUACUGCCAGACUUGCUGCUCCUGUUACUGCCAGACUUGCUGCUCCUGUUACUGCUGCCCUUGCUGCUCCUGUUACUGCCACACUUACUGCUCCUGUUACUGCCACUCAUGCUGCUCCAGUUACUGCCAGACUUACUGCUCCUGUUACUGCCACACUUGCUGCUCCAGUUACUGCCAGACUUGCUGCUCCUGUUACUGCCAGACUUGUUGCUCCAGUUACUGCCACCCCUGCUGCUCCUGUUACUGCCUCACUUGCUGCUCCUGUUACUGCUUUUAACUUCUUUACUGUAAUCAAAUUUAAUCAGCCGCUCCCAGCGGCACCGGCGUUGUUUAAACGUCGCUUUAGUUUUUCCCGCCUUAACAGUUUAACCUUGCAUUCAUGUUUCUUUCUCACCUUCUCCCUCACUUACGACCCUGAACUCGAGGGACUUCUUGUUAAGUUGGUGCAAGCAAACAACCUGCCUGUAAAGGACGUGUUGGGCUCGUCCGACCCCUACGUCAAAGUUUGUCUCUUGCCAGAUCGCAAGAAGAAGUUCCAUACCAAAGUUCAUCGGAGGAACUUGAACCCUGUCUUUAAUGAGACUUUCAUCUUCAGCGAUCGCAACGACAUCAUAGGCCAGGUUGUGAUGCGCAACGUGCAGUACCACUGCCAGCAGAGUGUGGAGCUCACCUACACCAUGGACAUACUCACCACCAAGCAGCAAGACGUGCGUGACCUGGGCGAGCUGAUGCUGAGUCUGUGUUACCUGCCAACGGCUGGUCGUCUCACCGUCACCGUCAUCAAGAUGAGACGUCUGCGAGCCUUAGACAUCACCGGCUCCUCUGAUCCGUACGUGAAGGUGAUCGUCAUGUGUCAAGGCAGGCGCAUCAAGAAAAAGAAGACGAGCGUCAAGAAGGCCACGCUAGACCCCGUCUACAACGAGUCCCUCGUCUUCGACGUGCCAAACGAGAACGUCGACGAUGUCACUCUACUCGUUAAGGUCAUCGAUUACGACAGGCUGGGAGCGAACGAGUUGCUGGGAGCUGUUGUGAUCGGGUCCGCGGCGCUGGGGCUGGGCAGGGAGCACUGGCAGGAGAUGCUGGAGUGCCCACGACGCCCCGUGGCCCAGUGGUACCCUUUGCUGGACAGCGUGCCCGACAACCUGCCUACCUCCCCACUCAGGGGCAAGCUGUCCUCCUGCAGCAGCAACAAUUAG